GGCUCCGGUGUUUCACUUUCAAAAAGCGCGUCAACGCAGGCGGUACCAAACAGUCGCGCAUGUCGUACUAAAAAUCGGACUUAGUCGCAGGAAUCGCGCGUUUGAGAAAAACACUCAGCAGUAUUCAGGAUAGUUGGGCGAGCGCACGUUCGUGUGGUACCCAGGAAGCUCCGCUCUUUUCCCCGUCAAGUUGGUGUUCGAAUUUCCCGGCCGCGAAUUAAAUCAGACAAAAUGGUUUUUUUCCUCGUGCUGAAUUGCUGAACUGCGCCCGGUUGGAAAGUGCCCGCUAUAUGGACGAAAAUUUCGGCAAAGUGAAAGUGGACCCAGUACUGAGUGAAAGUUGAUAUCGAAGAUGGAUUCGCCUCAGAUGUACGACAAUCAACAGCACGGCCAAAAUAACAACGUGAUCAGCAACGAGGCGAAAAAAUCGGUUAUUAUGAACAAUAACAACAACAGUCUCACCACCCUUAACAACAACAACGGCAACUCCAAGCAGACGGCGGCUCUUCUGAAGCAGCACCAGCUGGCGCAGUACCAGCAGCAUGGGGACAUCAGCGACCUGAACACCCCGGAAAUAUCGCUGGAUCUUCAGAACUUAAUUGACGAUUCGCAGUUUAGUGACGGACUGUUUACGGACAUCCUGCAGAGCCAGCAGGGCAAACAUCUGCAGAACUUGCACAGCAGGCAGGUGAUGGGGGUGCAAAGCAAUAACUACCCCCGGACGACGCUGGCCUACAUGCCCCAGCCGGUGCACAGUGGCGCAACGUAUGCGGGCACUCAGAACUCAAACAGUGACUCAAACAGUUCGGUGGGUAGCGAUGUUCCUAGUAUCAAAGAAGAACCGGUCGAUCAUCAGGAAGAAUACCGAAGACAGACCGCGUGCCUGCUGCCGAACAGUUACAUGCCAGGAACGUAUCCUCCAAAUCCCAAUGCCACCUUCACCACUCUGAGCCCCAGUCCAGUCAUACAUCACCAAAUAAACAUGAAUGCGAUGAAGAACAAGGCGUCGUUGCUGAAUCAGCAUGUUUCGCGGAAGAACAUGAAACCCUGUGAUAAGAAUAGCGACGAGUACAGGCGCCGAAGGGAGAGGAACAAUAUCGCGGUGCGAAAGAGCCGGGAGAAGGCCAAAGUGCGCACCCGAGAGACCGAGGAGAAAGUGAAGAUUUUGAUGAAAGAGAACGAAAGACUUCAGAAGCGAAUAGAGCUGCUCACGGAGGAGUUGAACGUCUUGCGGAGUUUGUUCUCCAAUGUGGGCGUGUUGCCCGAGCAUGUCCAUCGGGAGAUCAACAAACACCUCGACACCUUCCAGUUGCAGCAGCAACAGCAACACAUGUCCGAUGAGAAUCGACAGAGGAUGAUGGAUAUAGUUCACGAUUAUGGGCCAUAGCAGAAACAUCUUUAGGUUAAUUUCGAGGUACGAUUAGGCAGCGAGAGAGCUUUAAUUUUAUUUAAAAAUCACUUAAUGACAAUCAAGGCAGAUGCCUUUGCUGUUUGAACGAUUCCAAAUGUGCUAAAACUGGUUUCUUUUUAACUCGUACAUGCUGGAUCUUACAGAUCUUCGAAACCGUACGACUCUGGAUCUCCGCAAGUGUUAACGUUUUUCAAUUUAUAUU